AGUGAAGGAGCAGAGUGUUUGAGUAAUUUCUGAUGCCAUAUUUGUGUGCCUCGUGAAUUUCAUAAGCUUAGUAUCAGUGAUUAGUAGGUCUUUUUUUCGCAGAUGUGUAAAACAAGAGAAGCUUUUGUAUCACCAGUUAUGAAGCAAUAAAAUAUUUUCAAUUUGACUUGUAAAUGACUUUUAUUGUAUAUCUCUUGCUGGUUGAAAUCCUAUGUAGGAACCUGAUGCUUCUGGCCAUUUUUUUCUAAUGAUAUUGACUACACACGCAGGGAUUGUUUGUCUAUUUCCUUUUCCCAAUUUUUUUCCAGAUGAUAUCCAUGAAAUGUAGCUUUUGUAUGCAACAAAGCGCCUGCUUGAAUUAUUGUUCAUUUUUAGUUUGCGCCUAUGCUCAACAUUUUUUGUGUACAAGAGUAAAGUGUUUUUCAACAUCUUGAGAACGUCCUUGUUCAGAACUGUGCUUUUAAAUCCUUGAGUUUGGGUGACACAUUUUUUCUCGCUCUUUUUCAAUUUUGAUAAAGCGCCAUUUGUAUCACGACAGCAAAUGUUCUCCAUUGGGAGACCGGAAUUUGAGCAAUUAUCACAAUGGCACCAAAGGCUGAAAUGUUGAGCACCACGUUCAUAGAGUGCCUUUUUUCUGUUCGUUUCAUGUUCUUUUUGUAAUCUUCUUUCUUCAGUCAUCUGAGGUUCUAUAUCAGGUGCAAAAGGCCGUAAGAUAUGUAAUGAGUUUGCCAUGGACUCAGCCUGUAUUAAAAAAUAAAUUUUGAAAACAAUCAAGUAUAUCUGCAAUUUGGUUAAAAAUUACCAUGGUUUUGUGUUUUCAUUUAUUGUUUUGGUGGGUUAUUUUGGUUUCGUUUCUAUAAAAGCUCUAGCAGAGAUUUUUGUUGUUCUUAUAUAUUCCUCGUCACGUCAUUGGUCGAAAGUCUUUGUUAUUGGAGAACAUAUGGGGAACUUGGGGAACAUUUAUUGUUUUCAAACUCCAUCUUUGUUUAUGUUCAAUAAAACCAUAGUUUAGGAAGGCUGAAAAUGAGUUAAAUUUGCCCAACCAUGGGAAGAACGAAGUGUGUACUCUGUUCAGCUUCUUCUGGGAGAGGCAAAGGAGUAAAGCAUUUUUACAAAAUUCCCUUUUCUAACCCACAGCUGUAAGUUUGAAAGUUUAUUAUAAUUUUGUCGUUUCCAAGAUUUAUUGAAUAAUUAUUUUUUUAUCAAAUAGGCUUCAACAAUGGGAAGAAAGAUGUGGGCUCAAAUUUGAAAUUGAAAAAGACUCACACAUCUGUGGAGACCACUUCAACCCCGCAGAUUUUCAUGCAGUAGUCGAUGUACCAAAGCCGGCAAAAAGGCCCAAAUUAUCUGAAUUUGCCGUACCAAGCCAAAAUUUGACAAAAGGUUAAUUUCCAAGACUGUUUAGUAAAAUUAAAAAACAAAAUGAUAAGAAUCACGAAAAUAUAUUCAUUUCAUCUUUUACAAAUACAAUUGAUAUAUAACGUUUAAAAAUGAAUAGAAUUGAAUUUCUAUCAACACUUUUGAAUUAAAAAUGAAUAUUAAUAUCUACGGACAGUUGCUGAUGGAAAUAAAAUUUGAUUGUAGUGACAGGGAAGAAAGCCACAACCACCAGAAGAGGUGUGAAGUCGAGUGCCUCGGAAAAAGUGCCGGAAACAAGGGAAUCAAAUCCAGGCACAAUAGUAGAAAUAUCCCCCUCCGCAUCAGGAGUUGUUCCAUCAAGUACAGACCAAUCUCCUUCAGAGAAAUCAAAUGCAACGCUGACCAUGAGUAGAAGAGAGAAGAGAGCUUCAAAAAGGAAACAAAUUCUUCUUCCCAUGGAAGUGUCACCUGCAAAAUCUGUAGAAGAAGUUUUAUUUAUUCCAAGUCCGUCCAAAGUCAGCACUCCAAAGAGAAAACAGCCAGAUGACGUGGAUUGUUCUCCACCUUCACCCAAAAGUUUUUCCCCUCCAGCAUCGCCAGCACCUGACUGUAGUGAAGAUGAGAUUUGUGACAAUCAAGACCCUGAAUACAUGCCAGAUAAAUCCGCAUUAAAUGAAUCGACUCUACAGUCCUCUCUUGACAAUGAUCCUGAUGAAUUCGACGCUCGUAUGAAUGGCAUCAAACACGUGCUUGUAGACGUUUGCAAAUUGGAUCAACUUUUCACAAAUUGUUCAACAUGUGGAUCAAUGAAUGAAGUUGAACGAGUGCGCACUGGAGCUUGUGUAUCAUAUAAAACAACUUGUACCAAAAAUUCAAAGCACGAGUUAGUUUGGAACUCGUCGUCAAAGACAAAGAACAAAAUGCCAAUUGUCAAUUUGCUGCUGAGUGCUGCAAUAUUUUGCACAGGCCUCGGGUUCACGGCCUUCAAGAAGAUUGCUGAUAGCAUUGGUCUUGCCUUUAUGGGUAAGACCACAUUUUACAACCAUGUCAGCACAUUUAUCGCACCAGUAUUGAGGCAUUCAUGGAUCAAAAUGAGACAGGAGAUUUAUGAAGAGUUGAAAAAAGAAGAAGAUCUAGUAUUUUCUGGCGAUGCUAGGUUCGAUUCUCCUGGGUUUAGUGCCAAAUAUUCCCUUUACUCCAUCAUGUCAAACAAAGACAGCAAAAUUGUUGACUUUGUCCUUUUUCAAAAAGGGUUCGAAGAUGGUGAGAUGGAGUCCAAAUCUUUCAACCACACGUUCAAGAGAGUUGUAGAAGAAAUUGGGUCCAAGAAAAUCAAGACAUUUUGCUCUGACAGAAAUAGGUCUGUAGCAAAACUGAUGAGGGAGCAGUUCAAAGGGAUUGAACAUUCUUUCGAUGUCUGGCACUUGGCGAAGUCUCUUAGGAAGAGUUUAAGUAAAACUGCAAAAACCCAUAAAUGUUUGGAGCCAUGGCUUGAUUCCAUCAUUAAGCACCUUUGGUACUGCAGUAGUACCUGUGGGGGAAGCGCUGAUGUGCUGCUGGAGAAGUGGGACUCACUCAAUCAUCAUCUCCGAGGAGAACAUGAAUGGCAAAAAGAGGGGAAAGCAUUGUCUUGUGAGCACCCAAAUUACGAUCAUGAACGCCAGCAAAACACGGAUUGGGUCACUGAUGAUGACGCGCUUUUGGCUCUAAGAAAAGUAACACACAAACCAUCAUUUUUGCGAGACCUGACACACUGCAGGUUCUACGUUCACACUGGACAACUUGAGUCCUUCCACAACGAAAUUUUGGUCUAUGCCCCUAAGAGACUCCAUUAUAUGUUCGAAAACAUGCAACUGAGAAUGAUACUUGCCAUCCUGGAUCACAACAAUAACGUUGGAAGGGCAGUAACUGGGAGUCACACAAGAUAUUCUAAAUCACGAAAAGCCUUUUCCCUGGAAAAUACCUAUGAAACAAAAGAUCAUACCUGGAGGUAUGACCUAAUUCAUGACAUCCUUCAGUAUGCAGGACACCCCGAUGAAUUCCUAGGAAGUGAGGAAGAGCAACUAAAACUCCUUUCACCCCCAUACAGCAUUCCAAAAUCGACUGUAAGUGUUCCAAAACCAGGGCUAGAGGAACUACAGAGUAAUCAAAAUCUAAGAAGAUUGGCUGCUGAGAGACAGCUUGCAAUGAAUCUAUAG